CUGUUGCGCGCAUGAGAGUGGCCGCACUGAUUAGCGAGGCAAAGAGGAGUUUUCAGCAAGCAGGCUGCCUUUUAAUUACAUUCAAACAGCAAACACGCUCGGAUAAAAAAAGAAAGAAAGAAGAAGAGAAAAAACAAAUGCACAAGUGUUCGCCGCGGACACUUUGUUCGGAGACGAGCGGCCGGUGGAAGAAGAAAACAAAUUAAUUCUGAGGGAAUGCAGGGAAUUAAAAUUGAGUCUUAGUCAUUUUGCGUGGCUUCAAGUGCGUGUGGCUCUGCAGCUAACCCUGACAAAAGAAGAAGAAAAACAAAACAAACGACUUCUACUUUACAUUUACUUCAGCGCACGACUGGACUGGAGUGGUGAUGUCUUGAGGUCAUGGCUCCUCCAGCCCAGUAAAGGACGCCCCAGUGCCGGGCUGCUGCUAAUGGGAACUCCUGCUCCGCCAUGAGUGCUCGUGAUGGCGUUGGUGGUGUCGGUGGCAUGGGCACCCUUGGCCGACGGCAGCGCUUUGAGAACUCAGAGUUCACCGUGCGCAUCUACCCGGGCGCCCUGGCAGAGGGCACCAUCUACUGCCCAAUCAGUGCCCGCAAGACCACCACAGCCGCUGAGGCCAUUGAACGCGUCAUCGAACGGCUGGAGCUGGACCGCACUAAGUGUUAUGUUCUUGCUGAAGUGAAGGAGUUUGGUGGGGAAGAAUGGAUUCUGAAUCCCAGCGACUGUCCGGUCCAGAGGAUGAUGCUCUGGCCCCGCGUGGCUCUAGAGCACCGUCCACUGUCUGGUGGGGAAGAUUACCGCUUUCUCCUGAGACAGAAGAACCUGGAUGGCUCCAUUCAUUAUGGCGGCAGCCUCCAGAUGUGGCUGCAGAUCACAGAGGAGCGCAGGCGCAUGGUGGAACGUGGACUGCUGCCACAGCCCGAAUCUCAGGGUGACCAAGCGGAUCUGUGCUGCCUGGAGGAGCUGAAUGAGCGCUCGCUGCUGGACAACCUGCGCUCGCGCUUCCACCAGGAAAAAAUCUACACGUAUGUGGGAAGCAUCCUCAUCGUCAUCAACCCAUUUAAGUUCCUGCCAAUCUACAACCCCAAGUAUGUGAAGAUGUACGAUCAUCAUACACUGGGAGAUUUGGAGCCGCAUAUUUAUGCUGUGGCAGACGCAGCUUAUCACGCCAUGCUGCGGAGACAGAGGAAUCAGUGCAUUGUUAUAUCUGGGGAGAGCGGCUCUGGCAAGACGCAAAGCACAAACUUUCUCAUUCAUCAUCUUACGGCUCUCAGUCAGAAGGGCUUCGCCAGUGGAGUGGAGCAGAUCAUCUUGGGGGCAGGGCCAGUAUUAGAGGCAUUUGGGAACGCAAAGACAGCACAUAAUAACAACUCCAGUCGUUUUGGCAAGUUCAUUCAGGUGAACUACCAGGAGAGCGGCACUGUAAGAGGAGCGUAUGUUGAGAAAUACCUCCUCGAGAAGUCAAGACUGGUCUAUCAAGAGCACAAUGAGCGAAACUACCAUGUCUUUUAUUACCUGCUGGCAGGAGCAAGUGAAGAAGAGAGGCUAUCCUUUCACCUCAAGAAGCCUGAAGAAUACCAUUACCUCAGUCAGAUGACAAAGACAACCCGACAACUGCACUGGGACAGUUACUGUGAAAGUGAACCGGACUGCUUCACUGUUGAAGGGGAGGACCUGAAGCAUGACUUUGAGAGGCUUCAGUUGGCCAUGGAAAUGGUGGGCUUUCUUCCUGCCACGCGGAAGCAGAUAUUUUCCCUGCUGUCGGCCAUCCUUCACCUUGGAAACAUCCGCUACAAGAGGAAAACCUACAGGGACGAUUCAAUAGACAUCUGUAACCUAGAGGUUCUGCCUGUGGUCUCUGAGCUGCUGGAGGUCAAAGAAGAGAUGCUGUUUGAAGCUCUGACAACACGGAAGACGGUCACUGUGGGAGAGCGGCUGAUAGUUCCUUACAAACUGGCAGAGGCUGGUACGGUGCGAGACUCCAUGGCCAAGUCUCUGUACGGUGCGCUCUUUGACUGGAUUGUCUUCAGGAUCAAUCACGCUCUGCUGAACAUCAAGGACCUGGAAGAGACAACCAAGAUUUUGUCCAUCGGCGUACUCGACAUUUUUGGUUUUGAGGAUUAUGAGAACAACAGCUUCGAGCAGUUCUGCAUCAACUUUGCCAACGAACGCCUGCAGCAUUAUUUCAACCAGCAUAUCUUCAAGCUCGAGCAAGAGGAAUAUAGGGCAGAGGGCAUCAGCUGGCGAAACAUCGACUAUAUCGACAAUACAGGCUGCAUCAAUCUGAUCAGCAAGAAGCCCACAGCGCUGUUCCACCUACUGGAUGAAGAGUGCAAUUUUCCUCAAGCCACCAACCAGACUUUGUUGGAUAAGUUCAAGCGUCAGCAUGAAGGGAACAGUUACAUCGAGUUCCCUGCCGUCAUGGAGCCCGCCUUCAUCAUCCGACACUAUGCUGGCAAAGUCAAGUACGGCGUUAAGGACUUCAGGGAGAAGAACACGGACCACAUGCGCCCAGACAUCGUGGCUCUGCUAAAGAGCAGCAAGAACGCCUUCAUCUGCAGCCUGAUCGGCAUCGACCCUCCAGCCACGUUCCGCUGGGCGGUACUUCGAGCUUACUUCAGGGCCCUAGUGGCUUUUAGGGAGGCUGGAAAGAGACACACGCACAAGAAGAUUGGGCAUGAUGACGCUGCUCCCUGUGCAGUAUUGAAAAGUGUGGAUAGUUUUAGCUUUCUGCAACACCCUGUGCAUCAGAGAAGCUUAGAGAUCCUGCAGAGAUGCAAAGAGGAGAAGUACAGUAUGACCAGGAAGAGUCCGCGAACGCCUCUGUCAGACAUUCAGGGAAGCAACACCAUCAUUGAGAAAUCUCCACGGAGUUCUCCGGGCCUCGGCUGGAAUGGGCGUGUUGGUCGACACAGUCGCUUGUCGUCCAGCAGCUCCACUGCUGAGGAGGACGGUAUCUUUGUCAACUCUGCCAGCAGCAAACUCCUGGAGAGAGCGCACGACAUCCUCAUGAGAAACAAAAACUACAAAUCUAAGCCAGUUCUUCCAAAGCAUUUACUGAAUGUCAAGUCACUGAAGUACCUCAGCAAACUGACACUUCACGACCGCAUCACCAAGUCGCUGCUUCACCUCCACAAGAAGAAGAAACCACCCAGUAUCAGUGCACAAUUCCAGGCCUCUCUCAAUAAGCUAAUGGAGACUCUGGGUCACUCUGAGCCUUAUUUUGUUAAAUGCAUCCGUUCUAAUGCCGACAAGCUGCCCUUGCGGUUUAAUGAUAACCUGGUGCUGAGGCAGCUGCGUUACACAGGUAUGCUGGAAACGGUGCGAAUCCGGCAGUCAGGUUACAACAUUAAGUACAGCUUCAAGGAUUUUAUCCAUCACUUCAGUGUGGUGUUGCCAGAGGGCACCAGCGCCACCAGAGAGGGUAUCCAGGAGUGUCUGGAUCAGCUAAACCUGCAACCAGAAGGCUAUCAAGUUGGGAAAACAAAGGUGUUUUUGCGGGAGGCCGAGCGUCAGCGGCUACAGGCCGAACUCCACAGGGAAGUCCUCAGACUCAUCGUCAUGCUGCAGCAGCGAUUCAGAGCCCAUCUGGAGAGGAAGCAGUUUGUCAGGAUGAGAGAGGCGGCGGUCUGCAUCCAGAAAUGGUGGCGUUCUUACCAGUCAAUGGCGGAGGAAGAUGAUUAUGACCCCAGUGUCCAGGAGGGGGCAGCUCUGUGUCUGCAGUCACACUGGAGAGGUUACAGAGAGCGUCAGAAGUUCAGGCUCUGGAGGCAGGCUGCUCUGGUGCUGCAGAGGGCAUGGAGGUUCUGGCUGUAUCGCCGCUGCUCAGCAGCUCUGGUUAUUCAGACAGCCUGGCGCUGUCAUCAAGCCAGGGAGGCCUACUUGCAUCUUUAUGGCACCGUGGUACAGCUUCAGGCAGUUAGCAGAGGUUUCCUCUCCAGGCAAAGCUUCAAAACACUGAGAGAACAGAGAUUGAAGGAGAAGAAGGAUCAGCAGGAGAAGCUGCUUCAGCUCCAGAAUGGCCAGGUGAGCCACUCACCUGGAGAGGAGGAGGAGCCGAACAGAAUCAUGGGGCUGGACCUCAGCACUUGGGAGGAUCGCUCCUAUGAGCAACGAGAAAGGAGCCUCCACACACUCAGCAGGGGGGCAGUAAAGGAGGAAGCAGAAGACGAACUAGCAAGGACAAAAGAGAGCCCCUCCAUUGUGGAAACUGAGGUGUCAUCCUCAGUCCCAACAUCCACCGUGAUGGUGAGAGAGAGGGCUAGAACUCUUGAUGAGCCAAGCCAGAAAACCACUCGGGCCAAGAGGGAGAGCCGACGGAUGAGAGAGCUGGAGCAGGCAAAGUUCAGCCUGGAGCUCCUCAAGGUCCGGGCAAACAGCGGUGGAGCUUCAUCUCCCUCUGAGGAGCAGCGCUGGUCUGUGGAGCUGGGGCCACCAGCCAGUCCACCUCUUUGCUCACCCCAAGGCACACCUGACAGCCAAAGCUCCAAAGGCAGCUUUGAGCUCCUCAUUGUUGAUGAUGAGCCCCCCAAGGCUACAGAGGAAGUCACAGACAGUGAGGACACCUGCUCCCCUCUCCCACCUGCUGCUCCAGAACCUAACGUGAAAGUUGUUUCAACAAGUCCGAAACCAGCUGGUGUUGAUGUCCAAGAAAGGAGCCAGAGUCCAGCCUAUAUGGACCUUUCAGUCCCUUCUGCCCCUUCACAUCCUCCCAAAAACUACCUCCCGACUUUUUAUGUUCCUGCUUGUGAAGGCAGCACAGUUAUCUCCCCUCAUCCUGCUGAAGAACCUCAGAGAAACAAAGAGGCAGCUACUUCUACGACCACCACUUACAUCACCAAACCUCUAAAAGAGAGACGAGAGUCAGCCCGGCGACCAGUGGUGGUGGUUAUCAGUAUGCAGAAAGAAACACCGCUAAGUGAAGAGCUCAGUGGCCUAGUCCGUCCUCCUUUAGAUGCUCGAGACUCUGCAGCCAUGACAACACCUUCGUUACAGAAACCAGUUCCUGUGCCUCACGUUUCUGCUCCUCAGGCUGACCAGGCCAUCAUAGAGAAGCUGGUGCGUCUCAAUGAGGAGAAGGAGGUCCGCCAACGUAAUCAACAGCAGCAAAACGAGAAGGAGAUGAUGGAGCAGAUCCGACAACAGAAAGAAGUGCUGGAGCGGCAGCGCCUUUUGUUCGCUCAGUGCGAGAGAGACAUGUUUGAGAAGCAAAGAGGAGAAACUUUUAACAGGAUACAGCAGAGCAAACAUGGUGGCCACGAUUUUGCUGGAACCGCAACCUCCAGUAAGCCCCUUAGACCCGGAUCCCUGGUGAUCGAAAUAACACCACGGCUACCACCACAUGGAAGGACGCAGUCAGACUCCUCUCCUCCAGGUGGAUAUAAUCGUGGUCAGGAAUGCCACCCCCAGCUGCCCCCUCCACCUUCCUCUGUUCCCACAGUAAGGCGUAAGGACAGCAGGCCUGCUGCUGAGGGCUGGGCACCCAAACUCACACUUGAGUCCAGGGAUGGAGGAGGAACCAGAAUGAGAACAACAACCAAGCAGCCACCAAGUCAUCCAGGCACCACAGUCAGUAUAAGCGAUAAGCCAGGCAACAUCUUCUUUUCCCCAAAGGACAGAGUGGCCUUUAUGGCUUUUAACAGUGGUGCCGCCACUAAAGAAGCACCUGCAGCCGUUCCCACAGAAGGACCCACAGCAGCCUCCAAACCUUUUAAAGGAACAAAAGCCCGGGAGGUUGGCAGAGCGGGCCAUAAAAAGAAAGCCAGAAUGGCACGGACCCGCUCCGACUUCCUCACCCGUGGCCUCUCUGUUGAGGGUGAUUCAGACGAGGAUGACUAUGACGCCGACAACCUCCUCAGCCCUCGUCAUUACACUUUACCCCUCUCCAAACAGAACUCUACGGAGGCAGGCUUAACGGAGUCUUGUUUCAGUGACUCAGACAUGCCUGCAAGCUCUGAGGAGCAAAAGAAGAUGCACAAAGCCAUGUCAUCAGGAGAUCUGGGGAAAGUGGACUCACUGCGCAAGAAUGCACAGGAUGGAAGGGUUCGUAAGAUGCGUUUCUGGGGGAAAAGCAAGUAUGGAGAUAAGAAGACAUCCAGAGAGAAGUUGAUCUGUGGGGCUGAUUCACUGGAUGGAGAAUAUGGAGACACUGGGCCGUUGCUGGGAGAAGGUCAGGAAAACAUGUCGCCACCCUGCAGCCCUGAUGUGUUGCUAGAUCGAGGGUUCAAAGAUCUCAAGGAGAACAAGGAGCCGUCUCCCAAGGUGAAGCGAAGGCGGAGUGUGAAGAUCAGCAGCGUGUCCCUGGAACCUGCUCAGUGGCAGAACGACGCACAGCAGAUCCUCACCUCCACCAACGACUACAGGAGCAUGAACGAGUUCCUCAUGAAGAAGAUCAACGACUUGGACACAGAGGACAGUAAGAAAGACACCAUGGUGGACGUAGUGUUUAAAAAGGCUCUAAAGGAAUUCCGUCUGAACAUCUUCAACUCCUACUCCACAGCACUUGCAAUGGAUGAUGGAAAGAGUAUCCGUUACAAAGACCUCUGCGCUCUGUUUGAACACAUCUUGGAAAAAACCAUGCGGCAGGAGCAGAGGGACUGGAGGGAAUCUCCCGUCAAAGUGUGGGUCAACACUUUUCAAGUUUUCAUGGAUGAGUUCAUGUCUGAGUACAAACCUCUGGACUGUACGCUCAGCAAGCCUCUACCCAAACCUGAACGCAAAAAACAGAGGAAGAAGGACACAGAUAUUGUUGAGGAGCAUAACGGCCACAUUUUUAAGUCCACCCAGUACAGCAUCCCAACAUACUGUGAAUACUGCUCAUCUCUCAUUUGGAUGAUGGAUCGUGCUUGUGUGUGCAAAUUGUGCCGGUACGCCUGCCACAGAAAGUGCUGCCAGAAGACGACCACCAAAUGCAGUAAGAAGUUUGAUCCAGAGCUUUCCUCCAGACAGUUCGGAGUGGAUGUUUCUCGUCUAACCAAUGACGAGAGGACAGUUCCUCUGGUGGUGGAGAAGCUAAUUAACUACAUCGAGAUGCAUGGCCUCUACACCGAAGGAAUUUACAGAAAAUCUGGUUCCACCAACAAAAUUAAGGAGCUCAAACUCGGCCUGGACACAGAUGUAGACAACAUGAAUCUGGACGACUACAACAUCCAUGUCAUUGCCAGUGUUUUCAAGCAGUGGCUGAGAGACCUGCCGAAUCCCCUGAUGACAUUCGAGCUAUAUGAGGAGUUUAUACGUGCCAUGGGUUUGCAGGAUAAAAAGGAGAUGAUCAGAGGAGUAUAUUCAGUUAUCGAUCAGCUCAGCAGAACCCAUCUAAACACUCUGGAACGCCUCGUAUUUCAUCUUGUCAGGAUUGCACUGCAAGAGGAGACAAACCGUAUGUCAGCUAAUGCUUUGGCUAUAGUUUUUGCUCCCUGCAUCCUCCGGCGUCCUGACACCAUCGAUCCACUGCAGAGCGUCCAGGACAUCAGCAAAACAACGUCGUGUGUAGAACUUAUCAUUUGUGAACAGAUGAAUAAAUACAAAGUGCGACUAAAGGACAUCAGCACACUGGAGUUUGCUGAGAAUAAGGCCAAGUGCAGACUAACCCACAUUCGACGGUCAAUGAGACCAGUACUAAUAGCUGUUAGAUUUAUGAACAUAGUGAACACUAUGCAGCCAAAUGCAGCUAAAAAGGGAAAAGGUCAUGUACAGCGAUUAAGCUACCACACGCCUUCACCUCCAGUCAGUCCCCGGCUGCCGCCUGUGGCUGAUGCUGUGAGGGAAGAGAGCGGCAGUGAAGAGGGAGCGGAGUCGUUCAGCGACGUCUCUGAGCAUCAGCAGGCGGCCAUGCAGCAGGAGGAGAGAGUAUUGGCAGAGCAAAUUGAAAAUCUACAGAAAGAGAAAGAGGAGUUGACUUUUGAGAUGCUGACUCUGGAGCCCCGAGCAUCAGAUGAUGAGACCUUGGAGUCCGAGGCCUCUAUUGGUACAGCUGACAGCUCUGAAAACCUCAAUGUGGACUCUGAAGAAACUAUUUCUGACUUUUCCGAGAGGGGUCCAAUCUUGACUUCUGCAUGGCCUCGCAAAUCCGAUGGAAAGAGCCCCCGACGCCGCACUCACCGCCGGCAACCUGACUGCCUGGAUUCUGUAGACUCUUGUUCUACUGUUUCCCCCUACUCUUCCUCAUCACACUUCCACCCGUCUUCCAUGUCCUCUUCUGCCACCACUCGGCGGUUUCGUUUCCACUCCAAGUCUCCUGUCGCGGGCUCAGCUCCAACUCAGCCUCAGACCCAGGCUCUGAACGCAUCUCAGGCACCUCGAUCUGACGGCUUGGACAGCAGCUCCACUGCAGAGCAGGAAGGCGCGUAUGAUGAAAGGCCUCUGUUUACCAGCCGCGGCACCUACAAUCCAGAGAAGGGCAAACAGAAAUUGAAAGGAGCCAGACAUUCAACGCCUAGGCACUCGAGAGAUGGCAGUGGCCACAGCAGAGACCCUCCAGACAUACCACAGCACCUGGUUUUGUACGGCAGUAAUGAAUUCAUGGUAUGAAGGACAUUUGGACACAAAAUCACUUCUUGUCCAGAUCCCAGGGCAAGCAUAUACGUACUCAGCAGGAGGUUAAAUUGUCAAAGCCCUCUUGCUUAGCCUGUCUUUGUCAAAGCCUGUGUAAAGGUGUCCCAAGUGCCAUGUACAGUGCUUCCUCCUCCAGAGGGUGGAGGAGGAGUUUGGCAGGGACAGCCAUCAGUGGAAGGGCUCCUCUGCUGUGGACUUAACUGCCACCUAUGCUCUCACAGUGCCUUGGCAGAUCUUUCCUCAGCACCAAGAGGAGAUCCACUGAGCGGAAGGACGGGGAAAAGGGAAUGUUGGAAUACACGGAAGACCACUCAACAUCAGGGAAUGUUGCAGAGCUGGAAAGCUGAAGCAGUGUACAACAGCAAACGGAGAAGAAACCAGGCGCCGUCAGGCUUCAUAGAUGUUACAAUGGACUUAAAACUCAGAAUUAGCUGCUUUAUUAGUUUACAGGUUAUAACAAUCAGUGUAAGCAGUGGAUGCUCUGUUAUUACAAUUUUCCCUUAUUUAAUGAAUUUUAUUGUCACAGAAAUUCUUUAUAGCAUAUAAUAUACAGAUAUAUGUACAAAGCCGGAACACCAGCCUGUGCUGGGGAGUUGAAGUCUUUUUGUUUUUUUUUUCUUGAGUAUCUUUGACAGAGAUGGUCGGAUAUGGGCAGCGGAUGCUACAUUUGUGUGUGUGCAUGUACCCAAGCGCCCAUGUGUGGCUGUAUGUAUGUGUAUGAAAGAAAAAACCACUUGUGUUUUAAGUUUGUGCUGCUUUUUUUUUUUCUUUCCCUGACAAGGGAAAUUCUGCCAUCAAAGGGACCAAGCCAGCUGGUGUGUAUUCCAGCCAAGGGGAUCCCAGCUCUUUAAGGAUGUUGGACACAAAUAAGAUUCCUGCAUUCUCUUGCUUGACAGUCAUACAACAGUUGUAAUGUACAAUACAGUUCAUGUGUACAGCCUAGCGGACAUAUGCCAUUCAGUCCUUGAGAUCUGUUGUUACCCACCCACUCUCAAAGCCAACCUUUCUGUCUGUCUCUUAAGUCUUUGCUUAAUAGCAACCGAGCAAGAACAUAAAAUCAUUUUGUCUUGUCAUUA